GAAAAAUUGUUAUAUAAAUAAUUGAAAAAAUGUGUAAAAAAAUUUUUAAUGGAAGGUGUUUUAUGAUUCUGUUAUAAAAUCGUUAAAGGCACUCGAUUGCGCAUUGACAUGCACAUGCUGUGCAUUGUUAAAUUAGUUUAAUUUACCACAAAAAUCAUAGAACAAAUCAGUUUUUUAAAUUAUCUUUGAGUCAAACUUUAUAUUUAAACGUGUAAUUACACAUUUUUUUUACUAUUAAACUAAUUUAAUACUAAAAUGAAUUGCUGUAACUCUGAUAACGUUGCUAACGAAGGACAAUUAGAUUUCAAAGAAGGUAAUGUCAGACUCAUUAAUACCGUCGCUGAUCGUUCUAGAGCUCAUGAAGUCUCUUCAAGAGUGGAUAGGCAAUGGGUCGCCGUAACAACAUAUCAGCCUGUUGAUACCAUUACCAAGACAAUUGAAAUCCCAGUAAUUAAAACCGUAGAGCGUGUUGUGGCUAAGCCUGUGAUUAAGGAACGUGUUAUUCAUGUACCUCGUGAAGUAACUCAGAUUGUAGAAAAAGUUGUUGAAGUUCCAGAUGUAAAAUAUGUUGACAAGAUUGUCGAAGUGCCACAAAUUCAAUAUAGAAACAAAUUAGUUCCCAAGGUGGAGUUGGUUGAGAAAGUCGUUGAAAGACCACAAAUCAUUGAACAGUGGGUUGAGAGGAGAGUUGAAGUGCCACAAGUUAAGGAAGUGGUACGUUACAAGGAAAUUGAAGGUACUGAGGAGGUUAUCAAAUAUUACCCCAAAGGCCAUGGUAAGGAUAUCGAUUGGGAUAAAGAGUGCGAAAAACACAAUAUUAACGCUCCAAAAUCCGCACGUCCAAACUAUACUCCUGAUGAAACUCCUAACGCAUGCUGUUAAGCUUGGUUUUAUCGAAUUUUUAAUUCUAUCCUAAAUUUAAUGCAAUAUUGUUAUAA